AACUAACUUCAUAAUGUAUUCAUUUUUAAUAAGAAACUCUUAAUUGUAGUAAAGAUGAAAACCAAGUUGUCUAUUGUCAUGUGCUUUUGGACAAUAGUUUUUAUCUAUGUUGGAGCAAUUGCGCCUUCUGAAUAUGGAAAAAAUUGUGUGUUUGGUAAAAUAGAAGAAUCAGAUACAUACAUUGAGGUUGAUGGCCUUGCAUCCUGGUCAGGCGGAGGUGCAAUAUGGAAAAGCCCCUUUAAAUACUCCAACGGACGUGGUGGAGGAAACACAAAUGAAGGUGGUGGUGGAAUCGUCGUAAAUUUUCCUAGUGGUGGUAAAAGGGGCAGAGGUGUAAACGUGAUAGAUUUUCCCGGUGGUGGAAAGGGGGGCAAGCCAAGCAUUGAGAAAGCCUACAUAAAAAACUAGACGCAUAUACAUGUAUGAUGUAUCCCAUGCUGAUGCAAUAUCAAAUGUUGUAAGAAAUGUAAAAUAAAAUUUACACCUUGUAGUGAUACAUGAAUUGAUAAUAAUAAGAUUGGUGUUAUACACCACACUUAAGCCUCUUCUUAAGGUACC